GCGAUUCAAUCUGGCUAGAGGAACCCGUUGGGUGGGAUCUAUUGCUUGUUAGCCGUACGUGCAGCUAUUUGGUGCCCGUCAGCGUCUUUGUCAUUGGCUCUGCGAGGCUGGGUUUUGUAGGUUGUUUCCUGUGUAAUUCGAGUAGCAGCGAAGCAAUAUAUUCGCCCCUGCAGAGAAGCGAAGCCCCAUUUUUCGAAUCAGACAAAGCACCGGAACCACCGUCUCAAGAACGUCGGCAACCAGACCCCAGAUCUGAGCUGUAGCGGACUGAACGAGAAUCUGCCGGGAUGUCGAAACAAGACAGGCCUUCAAGAAAGCGACACGACUCGGUGGCCGACCCGCGAAAGAUCAAGAAAGACGAGGACGACAGCGGCCUCGGCCCGAGCACGUCCAGAGCAGGCUCAUCGGGUACGGCUACAGGAGCAGUGCCCAAAGUUCCUGCAGCUGUGCCCAGUCGCCCGACGACAAGGCAAAGUCAUGCCAAGUCGACGCCGGAGCCCACUGCCCCCGAAACAACCGUCAAAUCUGCGCUGAAGACAGCGGUGGGGUCGUCUUUGACAAGCCCCUCUCCCACGCCACCUUCUCUGGGGGCGAGUCCUAAGAAAGUUGCUGCUAGAACAGCGGAGGGGGCCAAAGAGCAGAGCGAAGCGACCCCGACGACAGAGGUCCAGGGGCUGUCCGGCACCACGCUUCGAGUGUUCCACGAGCCACCUGAAGUGCUGGAGGAGGAGGGAAUACCUAAGGCGGCCCCGUUAGCCGCGGCGAAAGGCGUUCCAUCUCAGACCAGUGAGACUCCGGACAGCCCGAUUCCUUCGACGUCGUUCACCGCGCAGGCUUCAAUCCAAGAACCACCGUCUUCAGACCCGUCGCCGCCAGAAAAAGGGUACCCUCGCCGGCAACCAGCCAAAAAGAAAGGUGAAGCAUCGCCUCCCAAAGAUGAGUCGAAACCACCAGAAAAAUGAACGGCCGUUUUAGUUCACUUUCCUGCUUGAGGGGCGUGUCGCGAUGUUCUUCAGCAACGAUGUGAAACUUGUGCCGUCGGGCGUUCUUGACAUUGCGUUGGCAACCUUAAUUUUGCAUGGCCGUAUCGCAUAACACUCUGCAACCAUAGUCCCAUUUUUUUAUUUCCAUUGUUUAUUCAGUUCCCCAAAAUAUUUACCAUAUCUGUGAAACAUUUGUUCUAUGUAGCUUUCACGAACGUCAAAUUGCACUCCUGACAACGCGUAAAUGCGGGCAGAACUCUCCUCUUCUUCCAGUGCAGGUCUCAGGUGACCGUGCUUCAUGCUCCCGCUGGUCAUGCUUUCUGGCUUGCGUUUUUACUGUACUGCACUGUCAUUCAUCUCGCAUAUCACCAGUCGCAACAGUCAACAUUUUAUUCAUGCCCUUUUGUACUUCUGUGAAUAAAAUUUGGUUUGCGUGCUUCGCAA